GUGGGAGUAUUGUAAGAGAUGGGAUGGUAUGAAAGUAAAUGAAUAGAGAAGAUACAAGCUUGAGUAUAUUCUUAAAGUUUAUCAGUGUUUUGUAAAUAGAGAUUAUUUCGAUUUAUUUUAAAUCAUCAAUCAGUAUCGCGUGUGCAAAAUUCUUUGAAUAAAGUGUGUGUUUAUUUUGAAUAAAAACUAAGUUAAUAAAAACAAAAAGCAAUGUAUUCGUUAAAAAAUAAUGCAAUUUCAACGUUAAUUUUACUCAAAUUGAAUUUAUUAAUUACUAUAGUAUUAGUAAAAUCUUACAAAAUACCAGAACCGUUGUUUGAAGUACUUAAACCACAAGGAUUACGUAUUUCUAUACCAGAUGAACCGGGAUUGCAGUAUUUUACGUUUCAUGGAAAUGUAAAUAAUCCAAUAUUAUCGGAGGAAGUUGGAGAAUUAACAGAUGAUAUUUUUCGAGCUAAAAAUGGACGAUGGACGUUAGAAAAAAAAGAUCUUAUCAUACAAAAUGGAGAUGUUAUUAAUUAUUGGAUAUACGUGCAAUUUAAUGGCGCUUCAUUUAAAAAACAAAAUCAAAGUUAUACGAUUAGAGCAUCGGACAGUUCAAAACAAACUACAAUUGUAUCGCCUGUUACACCUACAAUUGCAUCUCCCGUUAAAUCAACAAUUAGUCCACAUCCUGAAAAAGGCCAAUUGAUAUUAAACGAAGAUUUUAAUUACUUAAAUGAAUCGCUUUGGUCUCGCGAUGUAAAAAUACCGUUAGAACCUGAUUACGAAUUUUGUAUUUAUCACAAUGACAAUCAUCCGUAUCUCGUUCAAAUCAUUGAUGGGGUUCUUCGUAUUCAACCAGUUAUUUUAGAAGAUUUGUAUGGAGUAAAUAUAACUAUUUAUGGAAAAUUAAAUCUUGCUGGUUGCACCAGCAAUAUCCCUCAGGAAUGUUCACAAAACGCUGAAGCUUUUAAUAUUUUACCUCCAAUUAUAUCAGCCAAAUUGAAUACGAAAACUCGAUUUGCAUUUAAAUACGGUAAAAUAGAAAUUCGUGCGAAAUUUCCUGAAGGUGAUUGGCUUUAUCCAGAACUUUGGUUGGAACCACUUUACUCUCUUUACGGUCCUAAUUAUGCUAGCGGUCGUGUUCUUCUUGGUUUUGCUCGUGGGAAUGCAAAUUUGGUCGAUACCAAAGAUUUUGAUAAAAUUUUCGAUGCUAGAAAAUUAGAAUUUGGUUUCAGAUCAGGUUUUUCAACGAUUCACGAAGAAACUAUUCACAAAAUAAUGGAUCGUGGUUCUAGAUGGAAUCAAGAUUUUCAUGUUUAUACGACUAUCUGGAAUGAAAAUGGAUUCGAAUUUUUAGUAGAUGGCGAAGAAAUUGGUCGUUUAACUUCUACGACAAAAGGAAGUUGGUUACAUCAGUUUAAUAUCAGUAGUAUAACAAACAUUUCUCCGUUUGAUCAAGAAUUUUAUAUCAGUAUUGGUGUAGGUGUUGGUGGUAGAAGAGUUUUCCCAGACAAUAUAAUGAGUUCUGGUUUUGUCAAACCUUGGAAAAAUGUUGGCGCAAAGGCAAUACUACAGUUUUGGAAUGCCAGAAAUCAAUGGUUGCAAAGCUGGAGACGAGAUGACAGUCGCAAAACUGCUUUGGAAGUUGAUUAUGUGAAGGUUUGGUCGUUGGAAUAAAAAUUGAACGAUCUCAAAAGAAA